AUGACCCAACUCCUAUCUUUCCGAUCAUUGAUCGGCUUCUUCUCUAUUGCCGUAGCCAUGAUUGCCUUGUUUGGUGCUUCACCACUCAAAGCCUUCUCAUCGACUCUGCAGAGGGCAGGCUUUGAUUGGCAUAACUCACAGAAGGAUGUAACAUUUCCAAUAAAGACGAAUACAGCAACAAAGGCGCCUGUAUACUUCUUCAGUCAUGGUGGUCCUGAUGUGCAGUAUAACACAAAGCACCCCGUGUAUCCUGUCCUUCAACAAAUUGGAAAGGAAAUAACGCAGAAAGUGAAGCCGAAGGCCGUAGUGGUCUUCUCAGCACAUUGGAUGGGAGAGGAGCACGCUAUUCAUGUUAACAAUGCUGUAGACACUCCUCUCAUUUAUGAUUUCUACGGAUUCCCCGAUCACUUUUAUAAAGCCCAAUAUCCAAACAAGGGUAGCCCAGAGCUUGCGAGCAAGAUUAUGGUCAUGCUUUCAGAAGCUGGUAUCCAAUCCUAUGGAAUGGAGCGAGGUCUUGAUCAUGGCGUAUUUUCUGGCUUUCAUGUUGCUUUCAACCCAGAAACAAAUCCACUCAACGUACCACUUGUUCAAGUCUCGCUCUUCAAAAACGAAGAUCCUCAUGCUCACUACGCUCUCGGACGUGCUGUAUCUGCACUUCGGGACGAGGGAAUAGUCAUCAUUGGAGCCGGAAUGUCAGUACACAACUUACGUGACAUGCACCACAUGUUCGAGGGUAACACAGAGCCACUGCCAUAUGUUGUGAGCUUCGAUAACGCUCUCAAGGAGGCUUUGGAGGCCGACCCAGCUGUCCGAGAGGAGAAGAUGGCGGCGAUAUGUAAGCGGGGAGAUGCGAAACAAGCACACCCUUUCAUGGAUCACCUUAUGCCAGUUUUCAUCGCUGCAGGCGCCGCCAGUGAGGAUUGGGGAAAACAGAUAUGGACUCUUCAUGAAGGCAGCUUCGGAUGGUCACAAUUCCGGUUCGGUGAUGUUCCUUCAUCCUCAUGA